AUGAAAUUUGGUGCAACCUCCGAGAAAGGCAGAAGGGGAAAGAAGGCCAGAUAUGGGAGAACGAAAGGGAAAGGGAAAAUGGUGACCCCACUCGUCUGUCUGCUGACUCUUCUGCCUCACGAAAUAUGGGAGAGAAUUGCAGCAAGGGUUGCGUCGGCCUCAAUCCAUGGUAUGUUUAACAUGCAGGCGACCUGCAAGGAGUUUCUGGACGCAGCCCACUCACCUGCGGUGUACAAGGUGGCCUCCAUGGCGGAGAUACCCGUCGUGUUCGGUUAUGACAUGGAGGACCAUCCUGAGGAUGUGUUCCUUUUUAAAAGCGAGCGCGCAGGAAAUUUGGCCGCUAUAUUCUGUAUAGGGAUGAGGGAAUUCUUCUAG